AGAUAACAAACUGUUAGCAUUAAGUAAAUGUAAUGUUAUGUUAAUGAUCGUCGUAGAUAUUUAGUUUAAAAAAAUCAUACAAAACUCAAUAUGGUGACCGAAGUAGCAAUAUCAUUUAAUACGUUACGUGCGCAGUUAGAGAGUGAAAAGAGUAAUUUGUUUAAAAUAGAUGAAAAUAUUAAGAAAAUAGUGCAAACCUCAGGGCGGUUUACUGACAGAUUUAAUGGUACGGGGGAUUAUGCACGAGGUGGCCUUAGAGGCGCGGCGAGAAAUAACUACUCAGAUUUAAGCAAUCACUUUAAAAAUGACGACCCUCUGAAGCGCAAACAUGAAACCAAAACCGUGUUUAGUAGAUUGUCAGCAAGGGUGCAAGAUAGUGAUGGUGAGGAGGAAGUGCCUGACAAACGAGCCCGUGUUCAUUCUACUGUUUGUAAGGAGCUCCCCACUCGCGCGGCCGUGUUGCGGGCACAGGGAGACGAUGAACAGGCUCGCACUCGAAACAGAAGAAUAUUCGGUUCACUUCUCGGAACACUUCAAAAGUUCAAACAAGAAGAAAUUGUUUUACAGACCAAGGAGGAGAAAAAGGCCCAAGUAGAAAAGAAAAUUGAAGAACAGGCAAAGUUAGAAAAAGAAAGAGAACAGAAACAGAGAAGAACUCUGUUUGCUGAGAGAGAACACAAGAAGGCCACAAUUAAAGCUUUAGAAGCCAAGAUGGCCCGAGUUCAGGAGUUUGAGAAAUGGGAAGCUUCACAGCAGUGUCUCGGCAACUUCAUAGUUACUAAAGCAAAACCACAUGUAUAUUGGUUACCAAAGAAACUGGAUGAAAAGGCCACAGAGAAGUUGAAUUCCAGCAGAAAGUUUCAUGAAAAGACAAUGUCACUGAAACGCCAAGAACUCCAGGAAGAACUGCUGAGGAUAGAAAUGAAAGUUCUCCGUCCCCGAGGUCCUGGGGCUAAAGAAAAUUAUCAACAGAACAACACGCAGACGAAACAGGAGGAAAGACAAGAGGAGCCAGAGGAUCGCAACAAGAGGAGAGACAAGUUUGCUAUUGACGAGGAUGAAGUAUAUGAUAGUGAUGGAGAUGAGAGGCAGGACGAUAGUAGGGAAACCAACAACAUCACCGCAGAAGAAACCAACAUGGACACCAACACAGAGAACGCCACAGUAGAAUGUGAAGAGAAAGACACCAAGGAAACAGAAAUAACACAAGAGGUGGUUCAUUCGGAGGACCACAAGGAACAUUCCUAGCGCUGUCUGCGGCUCAUAUGAUAACCUGCCUUCAUACAAAUAUAGCAUGAGGAACACCCGACCGACUGACUGACUGACGGAUCAAUCCGAAUAUACUAGACUGAAGUGUUGUUCACAUCAAUUAUGGUUCAGAGUUAUAAGACGUUUAGGAGAUAAAGUACACAAAUACAGAUAGACUAUAUUACAUAGAUUUAUUAGAGAAUAUUGGCAUUGUUGUUAAGAUAACAGACGGGUUGAGUUGACUCAUGACAUACUGUGAAGUAGUGUGGGGCUUGGGAGUUGGACAUCAGAGCAGUUUUAAUAAUCCGGCUACAUGUUGGCUUGCUUUGUAACAUAACAAUAUUAAUUAAAAUUUUAAACCGUUUGGAAAAUGAUUUCAUUCUAGUUAUUAAUGUCUUUAUUUUCAUUUAAAAAACAUGCCGUUAGAUAAUGUUGAACUUAGUAUAUGAAAAAGAUCAUUCGCUGAAACAUGUCAUAGUGUGAUGUCCACCGCUCGGAACUUCGGAGAAGAAUAACAUAACAGAAAAAUAUGUUUUAGAGUUGUAAAAAGUUUAUUUCUCUUGAGAAAUUAUUAACUAAGUAUAAUUUAAAUGUUACAAGCAAUAUAUUGAAAUAAAUAAAAAGAAACACUUUUAA